CGAAUUUUAAUCAUUAUAUUUUAUACUACUAUAAUCUUUACUAGCAUAAAGAUUGUGGUAGACUCCGGCGUUGUUCGUGUGUCAAAGUUGGAGACCGGACGCUUGAACGGUUACGUUUGCACUUUCAACGCUCUUCCUACGACUUCUUCGUUUUUACCGCUUACGGAGAAAGCAUCACUACAUAAUUGAUUGUCAAACCCCACAAUCGAUUAUUGAGUAUCCCAGAACUCUCAAUCUAAAGCUGCAUCACCCCUUAAUUCCUUCUCAAAAUAAAAACUUGUUUAGACCCCCAAUUUGGGUAUAACAAUCUAUAUCCGUUCCACCAACUUCCAUUUGUGGUUGGUCAUCAAAAAAUGGCGAGCAAAUCCCAAUGAAGAAAGUGGGAGAAACCACGGUCCCAAAGACCCAGGACGAGUUUGAUGCUGAAGACAUCAAGAAGGUGGAGAAUUAUGCAAAGGCCAUCAAUAUGCUAUAUUGUGCGGUCAACCCCGACGACUACCAAAAGAUCUCCUGUUGCACAACCGCCAAGGAGAUGUGGGACAAGCUUGAAGUGACGUACGAAGGUACCGAUCAAGUUCGUGAAGCCAAGAUCGAUUUUCUCACCCAAGAGUAUGAAUUGUUCCGAAUGAAGGAAGGUGAGAAAAUCGACGACAUGUUUGAUCGGUUUUCAAAGAUCAUAAACGAUCUUCAUGCUCUUAAGAAGACAUAUGCCAACAAGGUUCUCGUAAGGAAAAUCCUGUGGAGUCUCAUCCCUGAAUGGAGAUCAAAAGCCGAUGCAAUCUAUGAAUCCAUCGGAGUCUCCAACGUCACCAUCGACGGGCUAAGAGCUCUCAAAGCCACCAAGGAACCGGUGGAAGAGGUCUCAAGCGACAAUGACAACGAGUUUGGACUCGUCAUAAAAAAGUUCCACAAAUUCAUGAAGAAAGAAUUUGAGCAGAAGGGAAGGAAGCACGACGGUCCUCCUAAGUGCUACGGCUGUGGCGAGAUUGGCCACAUCAAGCCGAGGUGUCCAAUGGCCAAGCAUGGCAAGGACAAGUCCGGCUUCAAGAAGCAAAGGGCUUACAUCUCUUGGGGUGGCGAUUCCGGCGACGAAUCAACCGACCAAGAGGAGGACGAAGCUGCAAACCUUUGCCUCAUGGCGCACGAAGAUCAAAGCGACGACGUCCAAGAGGAAGGAAUACGUUUUAAUAAAAACGAAGCUAAGGUUAAAGAAAACGUUGAGCAACCACCUAGACAACCACCUAAGGCUCAACACAAGAGGAGGGCAGGAACUUCCGGGAAAUCCAAGUCCAAAUCCCGGGCUCCUUCGACGACCUCCGAGGAACGCCUCUACUACGGCGACGGGUCGUAUCGUUGGUUCGAUUCCGAGGAGGAGCGCACCCGCUUUCUCACCUUCUUCUACAAACGAGUUGUGGCUCCCUCGCAGAUUGUCCCGGAGCGCUUCCCAGAGUUGCAAUGCUACGACUUCCUCGACGGGCAGCUUCACCAAACCGGCCUAUGGCCGUUUGUCUCCCGGGCUCGGAAGGAGAUGAACCCGCCGCUGAUUCGGGCCUUCUACUCAAAUCUACGGGGCAACGACAUCUCCACCUAUGGCGGAGAAGAUUGUGUCCUCAACAACGAGGGCCUAGUUCUCAGCGAGCUCGGCAUCAACGAACUCAUCUACCAUCCCACAGGCCGCCCCACCAUCCACUCCGCGACUCCCGAGAGCCGUCUCCUCCUCUACAUCGUGGUUCGGAUCAUCAAGCCCCGGAAGCACGGGCACACGAUCAUGUUCGGUGAGGACCUCAAGCUCCUCCACGCGAUCAUGCACUCGGCGCCAAUCAAUUGGGUGAAGUUUGUCAUGAUCUACAUGACAAUCGCCGCAUCUACCGACCACGAUCACCUCCUCCCGUACCCGUUCUUGGUGAUGGACAUCCUUGAACGGUUCAAGGUCACCACCACCGUUGGCCCACUCACCAAGGCCACGAAGCUUUGGACGAUCAGCGCCCAAACCUUCACCAAGUGGCUGCACCUCAAAGUUGACGAGAUGGACGGGUACCUUGAACGGCUCGACGAGGCUAUUCAACGCCAAGGCCAUGCCAUGGACACGUACUUCCAACGCGUCAACUACGUCCCCCCACCGUACCAAGGCACAUUCCUUGGGCAAGUGUACGGUGAAGAGGACGAAGACGAAUUCUCCUACGCCCCGUCAAACUCCCCGGACGAGGAUGAGUUCGACGACUCCAUUGACAGUGAUGAGAUGGACGACGACGGCGAGGAGGAGGAAACCGAAGACGAAGACUAGGCCGCCCCUAGAAUUUCUAUCUCUUUUCUUUCAAUUGUCAUAUUUUUUUUAACUUGCUUCCGUUGUACUCCGCUAUUUCCCAUUACAAUAAAUAAAAGUUAUCUUUUAUCUUUUUGUUAAUGUCAAAAGGGGAAGAAAAGGGUUAUGCAUAU